AUGACGACGACGAGCGCCGUGGACGCCGCCGAGACCCAGGAGGGGGCGCGCCGGCCGCUCCAGGGGCCCCCCGACCCUCGCCAUAAGGCGCCGCCGCCGCCCGUGAUGGACGGCGAGGCCGCGGGGAGGCCCCCGGGUGGAUCCCGGGCGGGCUGCCAGCCCCCCGACGGCAGGUCGGAGCCCCCCACCCGCAAAGGCUCGGCGGCCCCCAGCAAAGCGGAGAUGGCGCCGGCCACCGUGGCCGAGCAGAUCGUGGCCGCCGACAUCGCGUCCGCGGCUGCCGCCACCGCCAGCCCCGACGGCCCCGAGGGCACCUUCGUGCAGCGGCAGCUGGGCGCCAUGCUCCAACCGGCCGUCAACAAGUUCUCGCUCCGCAUGUUCGGCAGCCACAAGGCGGUGGAGAUCGAGCAGCAGAGGGUCAAGUCCGUCGGGUACUGGAUCAUCCAUCCCUACAGCGAUUUCAGGUAAGCGCGCCGGAGGGGGUGGGCUUCGGGCACCCCCACCCCAGGGACCCACUUCUCAGCGGGGGUGGAGGUGGGUGCGCCCUGGAAGAAGGACCCACCAACCGGGUCGUGGGAAAUCAGAGCGCGGGGCGCGCGGCGCCGUCCGAGGUGCUGAAUCUCUCUCGCUUGCAAGCUGCACUCGCCCAGGCCGUCUGAAGGGCCAGACGGUGGUGGUUUGCUUUGGGCUGUCCUCGGGGCGGGGGCUUUUUGCGAGCUGCUCUUAAAAUAAAGCGCUGGGCGCAUUCAUGGCGUCAUCGGCCUCUUCCACAACAUUACCUUCACCAACUUCUCUUUAGCACCCCCCCUCUCCUUGCAAGGCGAAAAGGGGGCGGAGGAAGGAGAGAGAGACAUAUAUUCUUGAAGCAACAGGGCCAGCCACCCUUCUCAGGGCUAUUUGGGCCACGUCUCCCCGUUGUUUACUUAUUCAUUUAUUCGUUCUAUUUAUAUCUCCUGCCAUUCAGUUUACAGUAAAACUCCCAGGACAGAUUCCGAAUUAUCCCCACUAUUAAAAAGGCGGGAGGAGCGAGGGGGGGGGACGGGGGGGAAGUGAGUCAUCCCUGAUCCACCAGACCAGGUGCUCUCAUUUCACAUCCUGCCUGCGGGAAAGCAAAGGUCUUAAAUUCCUCCUUGACCGGUCUGUGUGUGCCACCUGGGCCUUGCCCAUGCCAUGCCUUCCGAUUAACCAAUCUGUGUUGGCCCUUGGUAACGCAAAUAAGGACCCCAGCUCUUGCUGUGGAUGUAAAUUGAAAGUUAAGGUAAGGUUACUAGAAGUCCCCAUUUCCCUGGGACAGUCCCUGGAUUUACAAAUCAGUCCCCAUUCAAAAUCCAUUGAAUUUGAAAAGUGUCCCCAGAUUCAUCGAAAAAAAUCUGGUAACCUUAGGUUAAGGGGGCGGUGAGGGGAGCCUGCAAACAGAGACUGUAGUUCUGUGGUCACAGCAUCUGCCUUGCCUGCAAAAGGUCUCUGGCAGCCUCUCCAGGUAGUCCUGUCUGAAAUAUUGGAGAGGCACUGCCAGUCAGUGUACACAGCACUAAGGUAUAUGGACCAAUGGUCUGACUCAGUCUAAGGCACAUUCCUAUGUCCUCCUGCCUGUCUGUCAUGGGUCCCUAGGCAGAGGAAUCCUUCAGGGGGGAGGAUCAUAGCUCAGUGGUAAAACACAUCCUUUAAGGAUAAUAAUUUCAUUAUCUGUACCCUGCCCAUCUGACUGGGUCACCCCAGCCACUCUGGGCAUAUACAAAAACAUAAUAAAGCAUUUCACGUUGAAAACCUCCCUAUACAGGGCUGCCUAUAGAUGUCUUCUAAAGGUUGAAUACUUACUUAUCUCCUUGACAUCUGACAGGAGGGCAUUCCACAGGGUGGGUGCCACUACGGAGAAGGCCCUCUGCCUGGUUACCUGUAACUUUACUUCUCGCAGUGCGGAAACUGUCAGAAGAUGCUCAGAGCUAGAUCUCAGUGUUCAAGGUGAACAACGCAGGUGAAGACCCUCCUUCAGGUAUACAGGGCCGAGGCUGUUUGGCAUCCUUUGCAUGUCAAAGGUCCCAAGUUAAGACGACAACAACAACAACAACAACAACAACAACAACAACAACUUGUACCCCGCCCAUUGGACUUGGUUUCCCCAGCCACUCUGGGCGGCUUCCAACAGAUUAUAAAAGAACACAUAAUACACCAGACAUUGAAAGUUUCCCAAUACAGGGCUAUCUUCCGAUGUCUGUAGAAGGUCAUAUACCGUUUUGGCCCGAAUAUAAGCCGCACCCGCAAAUAAGCCACACCUUUAAAAUUCAGGGGGGAAUUUUUUUAAAAAGACAACACCCGGAUAUAAGCCACUCUCUUAAAAUUCUGCAGGCACUCACACCUGUUCCAUUUUACCAUAUGUCUGUUUCAGCAGUGGUAUCGUAGAAGGCAGUUUUUGUAAGGUUGUGAAUUGAAGCUGCACUUUAACAUUUCAUGGUCGGAUUUUUUGGGGGAAAGUGAGGCUUAUAUUCAGGCCAAUACGGUAGUUGUUUAUCUCCUUGACACCUGCUAGGAAGCUGCUCCACAGAAGGCCCUCUCCCAGCUUCCCUGCAACUUCACUUCCCACAGUUGAGGGAAUCUCCAGAAGGCCCUGGGAGCAGGACUUCAGUGUCCAGGCUGGACAAUGGGGGUGGAGAUGAUCCUUCAGGUAUCUUAGAGAAUGCCUACUAGUUAGUACUGAUAGCACUGAGAUCAACAAUCUGACUUGUUAUAAGGCAUCUUCCUCUUUUUAAAGGGUUGCAGGACUGUCCUUGAAGAGCCUAGGCCAGGUGUGGAAAGCCUCAGGCUCAGGAGCCAAAUGCAGCCCUCCAGGCCUCUCUAUGCGGCCCCCGGACCCUCUCCCUAAGCCGUGCCUCUCAGCUAUCCUGUCAAACACUCUCCUCAAAUAGUUUGGCCUGGCUGGAUGGAACCUAGAAGUAGGCCAGUGCUUCUUGCUUGCAUGGGUGGAUGUUGGAGGAGAGAAAGAAAACUGUAUGUGUGUGUAGAAGCUUCUGACCUCUGAGUGGCUAAACUUGUGGACUGCAUGGAGCAAAGACAUGUGCUUUCAGAAGCACAAGCUGAAUUCAGGGCAUAUUGGUCAACCAUAGAUCAAGGCCUAGUACUCCCACACCUUGUGGAAAAAUAUACCUCAAAAAAAGGAGGAUCCCUUUAUGCAGCCUUUACAGAUUUUAAAUCUGCUUUUGAUUUGAUAUCACGAGACAGAUUUUGGGAAAAACUAAGUUCCUCGAACAUAGAUAGACGAUUACUGCUUCUCAUCCGCAGUUUAUACGAAAACACCUGUGUCCGGGUUAGGUGUGAUCAACAGGACCAUUUAUCUAAGGAAAUUCAAACCAUAUUGUACAAAAGCCAACUGUUGCCUCCAUUGCCCCGCCCACGUUUGUCCCAGGCCACGCCCAUCUCCAGCCCCAAUGCAACCUCUCUGUCUGGCCCCUUGGGCUCUCUCUGCAUCCCCAAGCCACACCCUUCUUCCUAGGCCACGCCUCUCAGCAGCCCUGCUUCAUAUUCCCCUUGAGUGCUUUUGUCUGGCAUGCAGUCCCACCGGAAGCUUUACUGUGAGCCAAUACGGACCUUGCCAAGGAAAAUGUUCCCCCAUCCCAGGCUUAAAGGUAAAGGGACCCCUGACCAUUCGGUCCAGUCGUGGCCAACUCUGGGGUUGCGGCGCUCAUCUCGCUUUAUUGGCCGAGGGAGCCGGUGUACAGCUUCCGGGUCAUGUGGCCAGCAUGACUAAGCCGCUUCUGGCGAACCAGAGCAGCGCACGCAAACGCCGUUUACCAUCCCGCCGGAGUGGUACCUAUUUAUCUACUUGCACUUUGACGUGCUUUCAAACUGCUAGGUUGGCAGGAGCAGGGACCGAGCAACGGGAGCUCACCCCGUCAUGGGGAUUCGAACCGCCGACCACCUGAUCGGCAAGUCCUAGGCUCUGUGAUUUAACCCACAGCGCCACCCGCGUCCCUUAUCCCAGGCUUAGGCUGAUGACAAAAACGAGCCAAUAGCUAGGAGCACAGUGUUUAUGUGGGGAUGGAGAGGUGACUAUUGUGAAGUGACUAACAUCUUUGUAAUUCACUUACAUUUUGUGGCUGAGUGCCAGGCUCUUUCCUACUUGCCAGAACAUGCAAUCUCCUUUUAACCUCCCAGAAGGUUAGAGCCAGUGGUGGCUGAGGCCCCUUUCAGCUGGUGGAGUGGAAGGCAGGGAGCUGAACAGUAGGUGGCGCCAGAGCAGGUGGCAGGCAGAGGAGCCAGCUAAUUAUACAUUCUAGUUUUGUCCCACCCUCCUCCUCUUCCCGACCUACAAGGUGCAAAACUGAGACUAAGAAGGUGGAGGAAGCUGACAGGCAGAACCACCCCCAUGGACCUAGGACUAGGACCACGGGCCUAGGACCCUCGUACCUACGGGACCGCUUCUCCCGGUAUGCCCCACAGAGGACCUUAAGGUCCAUAAAUAGCAACACCCUAGAGGUCCCGGGCCCUAAGGAAGUCAGAUUAGCCUCAACCAGAGCCAGGGCCUUUUCAACACUGGCUCCGGCCUGGUGGAACGCUCUGCCUCAUGAGACCAGGGCCCUGCAGGAUCUGAUUUCUUUCCGCAGGGCCUGUAAGACAGAGUUGUUCUGCCUGGCCUUUGGCUUGGAGUCAAUUUGAUUCCCUCCCCCUCUUUCUUUUUUCCUUUCUCCUUCUGUGUUGGAACUCCUAUUUGGGGACUUCCCUGGCUUUUUUCUGGCCCACGUAGGACCAGUCUGGCUAGUUAGCCUUGGUGAAGAUUUGACGUUUUCAUCCCCAAAAAGUUUUUGAUUUGAGUUUCUGCUGAAAUGAGGCUGCAUUUUAAUGUUGUAUUUUAAUUUUGUUUUUAAUUUGUAUUUUAAUCAGUUGUUUUUAUACCUGGUGUUAGCCGCCCUGAGCCUGGUCUUGGCUGGGGAGGGCGGGGUAUAAAUAAAAUUAUUUAUUAUUAUUAUUAUUAUUAUUAUUAUUAUUAUUAUUAUUGACUGGAUGUAGGUAAGGAGGCCACAGGUGGGGCACUGGCUGAGGGCAAACUGAGCUUGGUGGGGCACUGCCCCAUUUGCCCUCAUGGACCAGCCUCCCUUUUCUGGACAGGGACCGGGUUCAAAUGCCUGCUUAACUUGUGAAGCCCAUUGGGUGGCCUCAGGCCAAUCACAAUCUCUCAAUUUGGCCUACUUCACAGGGUUACUGUGAAGGUGAAACAGGGUGUGUGUGUGUCCUGCUGGCUACCAUGAACUCAUAGAGCAGAGUUUCCCAAACUUGGGUCUCCAGCUGUUUUUUGGACUACAGUUCCCAUCAUCCCUGAUGACUGGUCUUGCUAGCCAGGGCUGAUGGGAGUUGUAGUCCAAAAUCAGCUGGAGACCCAAGUUUGGGAGACCCUGUCUUAGAGGAAGGUUGUAAAGUGCGUUUUUUAAAAAUCAAACUUUACAUGUAGUUAGGGGAGCCUGUUGCAUUCAAGACAUUGCUGGACUUCAACUCCCAGCUCCCCCAGCCAGCAUGUCCAAUGAUCAUGGGUGUUAGGAGUUGUAAGUAAUGGGCCCCGCCUGCUAGCCUGCUCCCUAAAAUAUCACUGGUUUGCUCAUUUCUAUAUACAGUGGUACCUUGGUUCUCAAACUUAAUCUAUUCUGGAUUUCAGUUCAACAAUUACUCUGAAAAAAUACAUAUUUUGUUACGUGCAGAUGGCUUUAGAUACCUCUUAGGUCCAUAAAUUACCAUGUAGCAUAUAUUCAACACAAAAAAACAGCAACAAUUUGUUGUUGAGAAAGGACAGCUGGACAUAUAAAGGGCCCCAUUACCUUCAGUAGCUCAGGGCCUCCUCAAACCUAAAUCCGGCCCUGCCAGCAACAUAUGGAUGGCCACAAGUUCUGCACCUUGGAGGUACGGGGUAGCAUGGAGAGUGCCCAGCAAACGGACAGUCAAGGAUGAUGCUGUGGAGGAAUAGCUCUAUAGCAGAGCUCUCUCUCUGCGUGUAGAUAGCCUCAGAUUCAAUCCCUAGCAUCUCCUGUAGGGCUGGGGGUGUUCUCUGUCUAAAACCCCGGAGAACUGCUGCCAGUCAGUUCUGGGAGACUGGGAAGGGAGGGGAGCGGCCCUUUGCAGAAAGAGGAGACUCCCUGGCUUCUUCAGCAGACUAUCUGAUCUCUGCUUCUUGGCCUCCCUCCUCUCCAGCCUCCACUUCUGCCUCUGGUUCUGAACUGCUCUCUGACACAGCCUCUUCCUGCUCACUAAACCCUGUUGCCUCUUCAGCUUCCCACACCUCCUGCUCCCAGUUCUCUCCUUCUGACUACUCAUCACCAUCCUGCCACCAACCCCCUGGCUCUGAGUCUUCUUCCCUUGGGGGCUCCCCAGCUGGUGCCUCCAGCCAGUCCAUGACACCCAGAAGGGAAUAUAACCCUCCCCCUUUAAAAGCCCCCCCUCCCGCUAAAGGCACAGGAAUGAUUCUCCAAUGCUGCAAGCGUACCGCUAGCUCACCAGCCGUCUUUGGACUACAGCUUCCAUUAUCUCUGAUCCUAGGCUUCACUGGCUGGGGCUGAUGGGAACUGGAGUCCAACCAUUUCUGGAGGGCCACAGGCUACAACAGAAAAGAGGCUUGGUCAGCAGUGGAGGAGAAGGUGAAAUCUCUUUCAAAGUUUGACUCCAAAAGCCUGAGGGCUAGAAUGUUGGUGGUUUAAAAACAGGAAGGCGAUGCAAUUGUCGGGCUGCCAGGUUUUGCACCAGAAUGAUUGCCCAUCUUGUGUUUGCAUAACAAAUUUGUGGCCAUGUGGAAAUACAUGCGGCCUGCUUCCCUUGGUCUCGUCGCUGCUCUCUGUAUUUAACAGCUUGAAGAUUUCCGUAUUUGGCACACCCUGAGCAACAGAUGUGUUCACAUGUCAAUAGAGAUCAGGAACCAAUUCACACACACACAGCAAUAUCUCGCAAACCAGAGUCAAUGUGAGUUGCCUUUGGGGGCAAAAUAGUUGGGGAUGAAAAAGAAGAAACAAGCAAGUUUUUUAUAUAUAAUAGCAAGUAGGUAAAGGUAAAGGGACCCCUGACCAUUAGGUCCAGUUGUGACUGGACUCUGGGGUUACGGUGCUCUUUGGAAUUUGCACCAAAGAGUCAUUCUCCUAUCUGAGCAACGGACGCCCAGGGUACCAGUAAGAGACACUUGCCUCCCUGGCAUCUGGCACAGCAGGAACCUGGGAAUUGCCAAAAGGGAACUGGGGAUUUAGUUGGCACAGAGAAGGGAAUCCCACAGCAGCAGUCUCAGUCUGGCAGCUCAAGGCAACCCUGUAAAAGGGAACCUGCGAAAAAGUUCUAGGGCCUGCGAAAAUGAGCUCAUCCUUCACCAGAAGGCUGGGGAUGGCUUCCAAUCUGCAAGGACUUUUCCCAGCAUUUUACUAGCUCUGUUCCUUGGUUCACUCACCUCAGCUCAACUGCAGACUGCUCAAGGUGACCUUCGGGUCACCUUGGAACUUUUGGGUGGAUGUUUUAAGUGCUGAGUGCAGUUCCUUGCCAGAAGGUCGCGGCAGAAAGUUGGUGAGAGAGAACGGAACAGGGUGACUGGGGCCUUGAAGAGCUUCGCUCUAGACAGCACCAUUUUGUUGCAGUGUGUAAUAUUUAAAAGGAAACCUAAAUUACGUUCCCCAUUAAGAACCAAACCAUUUCCAUUGUGACCAGGGCGCUUUUAUUUAUUUAUUUCAGCCAGAGCUCACUGGAGCUCAGCUCUGGCAGCUCUCAAGUGGGCGCUAUUGCCAUUAUAAGAAAACAAGGGAAAAGUUCAUGGUGAACUCCAGCACCUCUUUUUCUAGAAAAAUAGCACUGAUUAUGACCAAAAAAAUAACUUUCUCAGUCAUUCGGGAGCUUCAAAAGCUUUCUCCAACCCGAACAUCACAGCAACUGAUACCAAAAGGCAUUAGCACGCUUUAGGAUCCUGCAGAGUGUAUAGCAGUUUGCGUAACAGACUCAGUAGCACAGCAUUUUGGCUAAACCACGUUUAUUUAUAUAUAAUACACUUGGAGCAUUCCGACUUAGCUCCUUCCUCUUUCUCAUCAGACAGCAAAGAGAAAGAACAAAGGACAAUAGUCCCACAUCACGGAACACAGUAAUACCAAAACAUCCUGUCUCCGUCACUUCCUACACGGUGGAAUGAAAACAUACACCGUCAUGUGAUAGACAACAAUCUCAUGACUGCAAGCAUGGAGCAAGAAUCCUAACAACACACGCACACAAACACUUCUGCUCAUUAUUUUUAUAAGGCAACUUUCUGGCUGCACAAUCUUGGGGUUGUUUUUCAGUGUGGAUUUCUCAGAAUAAGUCUGGGGUGUCCUGAGAUGGUGAAAAAGGCUCUCUGCUUUUAACAGAAGAUAUUCAACGGGAUAAACUUCUUCCAACAGUGCACCCUCCUUGCUGGGAAACGCUUCCCCUGAGGGUUUCUGGGAAUCGGACAAUAUUAAGGGGAAAUUCCUCUUUUAUCAGUUUCUAAGUUAGAUCAGGUCUUGUCACCCACUAGGAGAGGUAAAGGUAAAGAGACCCCUGACCAUUAGGUCCAGUCAUGACCGACUCUGGGGUUACGGCGCUCAUCUCGCUUUAUUGGCUGAGGGAGCCGGCGUACAGCUUCCGGGUCAUGUGGCCAGCAUGACUAAGCCGCUUCUGGCGAACCAGAGCAGCGCACGGAAAUGCCAUUUACCUUCCCGCUGGAGUGGUACCUAUUUAUCUACUUGCACUUUGACGUGCUUUCAAACUGCUAGGUUGGCAGGAGCAGGGACCGAGCAACGGGAGCUCACCCUGUCGCGGGGAUUUGAACCGCCGACCUUCUGAUUGGCAAGCCCUAGGUUCAGUGGUUUAACCCACAGCGCCACGGAAAAUUCCUCUUUUAUCAGUUUCUAAGUUAGAUCAGGUCUUAUCACCCACUAGGAGAACCUUGACGUUAUAAGAGCAAUGGACAGAAAGGCUUGGCUUGACUCCCAUAAUCCUUUGCUCACUCUGCUCAGCGUAGAGGAAUUCUCAUUGUCUCCAGGCCUUGUUCAUCGAUCUUCGACAGAUGGUAUGUUACAGGGCAAAGGCUUUUGACCUUCUCCUUAGGAUGAGACAUGAAAUAGGAUUAAGCGUUGUUGAUCGCGUAAUGAUCUUUGGUCAAUAAACACAUGGCUUCUCUAUGUAUUAAUUCUUUGAGCCCUUAACAAAAAACGAAAAGCCAACUAGCAGAUGGAGAUUGUAAUUCACAAAGAAAGCUCCCCUGGAUAAAUGGCUGUGAAUGACAAGCCUGCCUUUCUUUUUAUUUCUGUGAUCUAUGGGCUGACUGAUUGAUUUAUGCCAUGAGUAGGCAAACUAAGGCCCAGGGGCCGGAUCCGGCCCAAUCACCUUCUCAAUCUGGCCCGCGGACGGUCUGGGAAUCAGCGUGUUUUUAUAUGAGUAGAAUGUGUGUUUUUAUUUAAAAUGCAUCUCUGGGUUAUUUGUGGGGCAUAGGAAUUCGUUCAUUCCCCCCCUCCCAAAAAUAUAGUUCACCCCCCCAAGGUCUGAGGAACAGUGGACCGGCCCCCCGCUGAAAAAAUUUGCUGAUCCCUGGUUUACGCUUUUGAUGAAGAGCAGUGAAGGUCCAGGGAAAUGCUAUUCCUUUGAUUCCCCUCUGCGUACCCAUCCCGUCCAAUCCUUGUGACUCAGAAGAGUUAAGAAAGAAGAGGAUAAGACUGGAGAAAAAUCUCACGAGAGCAGGAACGCCGGAGCCCUGCAAAUGCAGCUUCAGGGCUUGGGCAGAGCAUCAGAAACCUAUGAAACAACUAUAAGGUUAGGUAGGGUGCCUCUGAGCACGUCCAGAGUGCAUUUGCACUCCACUGCAUAAUCACUACCUCCUAGCAUCCCAAUCUGGGGAGAGGGAGCACGCUCUCUCACAGGAAAGGAAUCAGGAGCUUAGAAACGACCCACAACAAAAGGGAUGGAGUGCUUCUGUUCAGGGUUUUAGCCAGCCAUAGCCUUUCCCACAUACUCCGUUCCUUUCUCCCUCCUGCUUUCCACUCCACCUGUGGUAGAGUCCACAAUUUGUGACUACUGAGCAUGCUCAGUCCACAUUUGGGCAGAUUUGAGUCCCCUCCUCUUUUAGGCUCCCCCCCUUUAAUGGAGGGUCCUUCUGUAAACCUUGGGGUUCCCCCAGACCUCUUGAUACCCCUCCCUUGUGCCUGGAGGGUGGCUUUUCAGAACUACAUAGAAAUAAAGCAAAUUUGAACCUGCUGCUGCUAUUGUUGUUAUUACUACCGCUAAUACCAGUGGGUAUUUUGGGGGGAAAUAAAAUAGGUGCCAGUACACACCAAUCGUAAAUAGGCCGUGCCAGUGCAGAGGCAGUAUAGAAAUGAAAUUAAUAACAUCGAUAAAUUGCAGUGUAAAAAAAAAAAAAGGUCACUGAGAUAUUCCAUUGUGGUGACUGUAAACUAGGUUUUAAGGCGCUAUUUGUCAAUCAGCUUAUGUAUCUGAGUUUCUGACACUGCCAUGUACACAUACCCUCCAACAUCUCUCCGAUGAAAAUAGGGACAUCCAAUGCUAUUUUUCUAGAAAAAGAAACUCACCACGAACACCUCCCUCAUUCUCUUAGAAUGGCAAUAGCACCAUGGGUGUAGUAAAGAGGGGGCCCCCCAAGCAAUAAAAAUUGAUAAAAAUUCAAAGCUAACUGAGGUUCUGCCCCCCCACAAAAGCCUGCCCCCCCAACAAAAAUCCUGGCUACGCCCAUGAAUAGCACCCCCCUGAGAGGCGCCGGAACUGAGUUCUGGCUGAAAAAAGUCCUAUUCCAUACCCUCCGCCAUUUCUCCGAUGAAAAUAGGGACAUCCUACCGUCCUCUCCAACAUUCCUCCAAUGAAAAUAGGGACAUCCAAAGGUAAAGCGGGGCAUUCCCGGAUUAAAUCAUAAACCAGAACAGCUUCAGUAAAUCUGGGACUGUCCCUGGAAAAUAUGGACACUUGGAGUGUCUGUGUAUGUAAUUUACCCCAAACCCUCCAAGAAAUUUCUGGCAGACCCUCUUUCCUUUCUUGCUGUGACGAAGGGCGCUUGCUUCUACUCCCUUUGCAGGUUCUACUGGGACUUGAUCAUGUUGCUCCUCAUGGUUGGCAACCUCAUCAUCUUGCCCGUGGGCAUCACGUUUUUCAAGGACGAGAACACCCCUCCGUGGAUCGUCUUCAACGUCCUCUCAGACACCUUCUUCCUGGCCGACCUGGUCCUGAACUUCCGCACGGGCAUCGUGGUGGAAGACAACACUGAGAUCAUCCUGGACCCUCACACCAUCAAGAUGAAGUACCUUAAGACCUGGUUCCUGGUGGACUUUGUCUCCUCCAUCCCCGUCGACUACAUCUUCCUCAUUGUGGACCUGGAGACCCAGGUGGACUCCGACGUCUACAAGACGGCGAGGGCGCUGCGUAUCGUCCGCUUCACCAAGAUCCUCAGCCUCCUGCGCCUCCUGCGCCUCUCCCGCCUCAUCCGUUACAUCCACCAGUGGGAGGAGGUGAGUCAGCAUCAGGACCACUGCACCAUGUGACUCCGGCCAAGGUAGAUGCAAAAGUACGGUGGCCCACCAGGUUGGGCUUGAUAGGCCUCCCACUUUACCAGCAACCCAUGGCCUUGUGUAUGUAGCCUGAUCGGGCUGCCUUCGGUUUCAUGUACAGUGGUGCCUCGCAAGACGAAAUUAAUUCGUUCCUCGAGUUUUGUCGUCUUGCGAUUUUUUUCGUCUUGCGAAGCACGGUGUCGGAAAAGUUUUGGAAAAGCUUCAAAAAUCACCAAAGCCUUCAAAACCCCCAAAAAAGGCUACCACACCGCGUGCUAUGAGUUGCUCCUUGAAGUCAAGUCGCAACUGUAUUAACGGUGUUAAGAAAAAGGAAACAAACUUGCAAGACGUUUCCGUCUUGCGAAGCAAGCCCAUAGGGAAAAUCGUCUUGCGAAGCAGCUCAAAAAACCCUUUCGUUUUGCGAGUUUUCCGUCUUGCGAGGCAUUCGUCUUGCGAGGUACCACUGUACUGGCUACCAAUUAGUUUCCGGGCCCAAUUCAAAGUGCUGGUUUUGACCUAUAAAGCCUUAAACGGCGCAAUACCUCAAGGACCACCUCUUUCCGUAUGAACCUACCCGGGCCCUGAGAUCAUCUUCUGAGGCCCUCCUUUGUGUGAGAGGUCUGGAGGGUGGCAACACGAGAACGGGGCCUUCUCUGCAUUGGCCCCCCGCCUGUGGAAUGCUCUCCCCAGGGAAGUUCACCUGGCGCCUUCAUUACACACCUUUAGGCACCAGGCAAAAAUGUUCCUUUUUAACCAGGUUUUUGGUUGAUCUGUUUGACAUCUUAUACCGUUUUAAAAUGUGGUUCUUCUCUGGGGGAGGGGGGCUGUUAUUGAGUUGUUUUUAUUCUGAUUAUAUAUGUUGUGAUCUUUUCUGUGAACCACCCUGAGACCUCCAGGUAUAAACUCAAUCAAUAAUAAUAAUAAUAAUAAAAGUUCACUCCGGUUGUUGCUGGACUAUGAUUCGCACAAUCCUCUGGCAUCCUGAAUUAAUUAAAUAAUCAAGAUUCCCCUACCGCCCAUCACAAGAUUUACAUACCACUUGAUUGUAAUAAAAGCUCAGAACAGUUUGCAAAAGGAAUAAGGCAAUUAAAUAGUCAUUAAUAAAAACAAACAGCUAGAAACAACUAAACUUUGCAAAAAAGAAAAGAAAAGAAAAAAUCCAGAUUAGACCUGGCAUGAAGCAUCUUUCUCAUUUCCUAAGGGAAAUAUUGCAGUUUUAUGAGCUCACCCAAGCCCAAACUCCCCUAGAGGUGUCUGCUCCGUGAACCUCCACGGGUGUGUAUUAUUAUUGCUGUGGUGGUUACAAUUAAUUUGUUAAUUGCCUUCUAAACCGCCGUCUCAAGGUUAUUCACACAUAAGAUAAUUAAAAACAACGUAUUUAAAGUGAGACCAAAACCCGAACAAGUGGUCCACUCGUGGUAAUAAUAAUAAUAAUAAUAAUAAUAAUUUAUUAUUUGUGCCCCGCCAAUCUGGCUGGGUUUCCCCAGCCACUCUGGGCGGCUUCCAACAAAGAUUAAAAACACAUCAAAAUGUCACACAUUCAAAACUUCCCUGAACAGGGCUGCCUUCAGAUGUUUUCUAAAUGUCAGGUAGUUGUUUAUCUCUUUGACAUCUGGUGGGAGGGUGUUCCCCAGGGCGGUGCCACUACUGAGAAGGCCCUCUGCCUGGUUCUCUGUAGCUUUGUUUCUCGCAGUGAGGGAACUGCCAGAAGGCCCUCAGCGCUGGACCUCAGCGUCUGGGCAGAAUGAAGGGGGUGGAGACACUCCUUCAGGUAUACUGGGCCAAGGCCGUUUAGGGUCAUGCAGCCGAAAGACACCCCAGGCAGCCUCUGUCUCUCCUCUCAUGGUCUGUCCUGGCUUUCUCUCCUCUUGUCCAGAUCUUCCACAUGACCUAUGACCUGGCGAGCGCGGUCGUGCGGAUCUUCAACCUCAUUGGGAUGAUGCUCCUCCUCUGCCAUUGGGACGGCUGUCUCCAGUUCCUGGUCCCCAUGCUUCAGGACUUCCCUGAGGACUGCUGGGUCUCCAUCAACCACAUGGUGGUAAGGGCCCCUCCACAUCAUUCCUAUAAACAGGCAGAGCCAGCUUAAGACAGGUAGAGGCCCUACCUUGCUUCCAGGUGCCAUAAGAAAGCUGCAGAAAUAGUGCAGGAUAAUGCAUACAUCAGAAAUGAUCUGCUUCUGCCUUCUGGAAGAAGGUACAGGGUUAUAAAGACUAGGACUAGCUGCCUGAGAAACAGUUUCUAUUCAAAUGCCAUUUUGAUUUUAAACGCAGUGUAAGGUAGUCUCUCUAUAGGGACGCGGGUGGCGCUGUAGGUUAAACCACAGAGCCUAGGACUUGCCGAUCAGAAGGUCGGCGGUUCAAAUCCCCGCGACGGGGUGAGCUCCUGUUGCUCGGUCCCUGCUCCUGCCAACCUAGCAGUUCGAAAGCACGUCAAAAGUGCAAGUAGAUAAAUAGGUACCGCCCCAGCGGGAAGGUAAACGGCGUUUCCGUGCACUGCUCUAGUUCGCCAGAAGCGGCUUAGUCAUGCUGGCCACAUGACCCGGAAGCUGUACGCCGGCUCCCUCGACCAAUAAAGCGAGAUGAGCGCCGCAACCCCAGAGUUGUCCGCGAUUGGACCUAAUGGUCAGGGGUCCCUUUACCUUUAAGGUAGUCUCUAUGGGAGUAUAUUGUAUUUAAUUAUAGGGUAUUUAGGGGGCUAACCAGGCUGGGAUAGCUGGGAUGACAGGCUUGUUGGUUUAUGAAAAUCUGAUGUAGAUUUUCAAUUUCGUUGUUCUGUAUGGGACAAUGACAAUAAAGAUUAUCGUAUCAGUGUAAGGUUGCUUCCUAUUUAAACCAGCCCUUAAACCAGCCCAUAACUCUAGAACAGGGUUUCCCAGACUUGGGCUUCCAGCUGACUACAAUUCCCAUCAUCCUUAGCUAGCAAGGCUAGUGAUCAGGGAUGAUGGGAAUUGCAGUCCCAAAACAGCUGGGGACUCAAGUUUGGGAGACACUGUUCUAGAACGAUGAAAAGAAAUGGGUUUAAAAAAUCAAAUAAAAAUCAAAGUGUGUGGUCACUUGGAGGUGAUCUCUGUGGUCACCCUAGGUAACCAUACUGACCAGAAACGGCUGCUUCAAUGGACCUGUGCAGGUAAGACUGCUCCCACCUCCACAAAUGUGCACACCAACGACUGGCCUGCGCUGAAGCCCGCUUCUUUCUCUGCCCCACAGAAUGACUCGUGGGGCAAGCAGUACUCUCACGCCCUCUUCAAGGCCAUGAGCCACAUGUUGUGCAUCGGGUACGGGCAGCAGGCUCCUGAGGGCAUGACGGACGUUUGGCUCACGAUGCUGAGCAUGAUUGUGGGAGCCACCUGCUACGCCAUGUUCAUCGGUCAUGCCACUGCCCUCAUCCAGUCGCUGGACUCCUCUCGCCGCCAGUACCAGGAGAAGGUGAGCUGCAGGGUGGCCCAGUUUUGCUUGUGGAGGAGCUGAUGUCUUGCAAAGUGCCUUGUGGGCAAGCUGAGCUCUUGCAAGGCUCACCUCGCCGGUCAGUUUCAAAGCAGGCCGGAAGCUGAGAGUUGCCAUGCAAUGCAGGAAUAGUCAGCGUAGACCGGUCUGAGCUAGUUGGAACAAGGGGCCUGACUCAGUCCAUGCUCCUAUUUUUAUUUUUUUUUAUUUUUUUUAAAAUGAUAUUUAUUAGAGUUUCGAAUAAAAAGAACACAUCAGUAAAAAAUUAAAAAAGAAAAAAGAAAAAUACACAGUUCAAAAAUACACAAUACAUAAUCCAAAAAAAAAACAAAAAACAAAAGACAAAAAAGAAAACAGUUAAAAACAAUACCACCUUUUCAUCACCAUUUUUAAAUUUACUUGUUUUCUGGACCUCCUCGUACCUCCCUCUUUUGUAUUCCAGUUCAAUUUUGUUUGUCCAGCAAUUUAUUUCCCUCUUUUUUAAUCCCAAUCCUUAAUCUUAAUAUAGUAUAACAUUAAAAUUUUUACCUCUUAAAAGCCAAAUUUCCAUUUCCUUAAACUUUUUUAAUCCUAAUCCUUAAUCUUGAUCUAUAUAUAACUUUAAAACCUGUAUAGCUAGAAGCCACUUAAUUUCAAUCCAUCAUCACUCUAACAUUCUUUAAUUUUGCAAUGUUUCUGUAGAUAAUCUUUAAAUUUCUUCCAAUCUUCUUCCACCGACUCUUCUCCCUGGUCACGGAUUCUACCAGUCAUUUCCGCCAGUUCCAUAUAGUCCAUCAGUUUCAUCUGCCAUUCCUCCAGUGUGGGUAACUCUUGUGUCUUCCAAUACUUUGCGAUGAGUAUGACUCAGUCCAUGCUCCUAUUUAAUCAGGUCUUUUAUUCAGAACAAUGAAGACUAGAACCUUAGAAUCUUUAAGGGAAAGGGGUGUAGCUCAGCGGUGGAGUGCAUGCUAUGCAUGGAAAGGUCCCAAGGUUCGGUCCCCAGCAUCUCCAGGUAGGAAUGGCAGAGAGAACGCUCCCCCAAACCCUGGAGAGCCUCUGCCAGUCAGUGCAGACAGUACUAAGCUAGAUGGAUCCAAGAGUCAGUUGAGGGCAACUUCCCAUGAAUGGUGGAAGAUUCAGGACUGACUAAAGGAAGUAGGUAUUCAUGCAAGGCGUAGUUCACCUGUGGAACUCUUUGCCACAAGGUGUAGCGGUGGCCAGCAGCUUGUUGCAAGAGGAUUAGACACAUUCAGCUAUCAAUGGCUGCCAGCCACAAUGACUAUUUUCUGUGUCCUCUGUCGGAGGCAGUAUGCCUCUGAAGUUGCCGGGAAUCCCAAGCGGGAAGAGUUGCUGUGGCUUGUGGGCUUCUCCUUCUCCAGCAGGAUCCUGGAACAGAUCACCUGGCUAUUAGCCACACGGGCCACAAUUUGCCUCCCCUGUUGGAGGCAGGAUGCCUCCGAACACCAGCUUCAAUUCCCCAGAAGUGGGGAGAGUUGCUGUUGCACUCGGGUCCUGCUUGAGGGCUGUACCAAUGAGGCAUCUUGUUGGCCACCACGAGAGCUGUGGGAUGUGAUACAUAAGGAGCAGUCAAGUACAACAUUCCUUGUUUUCCUAGAGUGGACAUGCAAGGGGAUGUUUGGUUCAGCCGGUCGGAACUUCCUGUUUCCUCCUGGAGUGGGACAUACUUUCUUUGCAUGUGACUAGAGGUGGGCAUGACCUUACCUGUGUUGGCUAUUUGCAGUUUUGUAGCGCUGCAGAGACCGUGCAUAACAAGGAACUCAAAAAUAACUUAAACAAGGUUUUAAUAACAAAAACAAAAAACUCCUUAUACACUAAAUACAUCAACCAACAACCCACCCCCCAGGGUACUGAGAGAGCUAGGUGCUGCUCCUUAUAUACUAUACCCAACUGCUGACAAAGCUUGAUUAACAAAACUCAGCAGCACCUGCUACGUUUCACAGCUGUAAGACUGGGUCUCGUUAUUUGCCCUGGCCCUUAAAGACAUACACAACUUGUGAAACAAUAAUGAACCUUCACAUUUUAAAGUGACCAUUCAACAACCUGUCCAGGUAACAAAAGGACAAGGCACGCUGCCACACUCUCUCUUUGACUUCCUCCAUCAUUGGAGCAGCUUUUCAGCUAGAGAUGCUCUGCUGGCUUCCAGCCAACAGAGGACACUGGGAUUAUCCCCAUAUGGGAUAGAUCGACAUGUAUAUACUUUGUAACUAAGUCUGCCUUCAGGGAUCCAACUGUAAACGGAAUGUGAGUAAACUACUUUUUAUAUAUUUUAAACAAGAUUGUGGCGUGUUUAUUCUUUUAAGAGGGGUAAAAAGGAAUUUACCAGGAAUAUACAAUUCAAUACAGUCAUACCUCGGGUUACAGAUGCUUCAGGUUGCGUUUUUUUGGGUUACGGAUGCGCUGAAACCUGGAAGUACUAGAACAGGUUACUUCCAGGUUUCGGCGGUCGCACAUUCGCAGAAGCGCUAAAUUGCGCUUUGCGCAUGCGCAGAAGUGCCGAAUCACAACCAGCGCAUGCACAGAUGCGGCGCUGCAGGUUGUGAACGUGCCUCCCACACAGAUCACGUUCGCAACCCGAGCGUCCACUGUACUGAAUUUUAUAAUAGUGAAAGGCUUACACAAGCCUCCAACCUGCUUUGCAUUUAAAAGGGGAAUGUAAAACUCUGCUAAGUAAAGGAACUUGCUAGCAUAAGUUAGGAAGGAUGUUAAUAAACAAUAUAUCCUCUCCUGCCUCCCUGAACAUUCCCACAAGAGCAGAACAUUGGACUAAGUUGGGCCUCUGGCCUGAUCCAUCUGCGCUCUUCUGAUUUUCUUCCCCCCUCGUCUCUCCUCCUAGUACAAGCAAGUGGAGCAAUACAUGUCCUUCCACAAGCUGCCGGCAGACACACGGCAACGGAUCCACGAGUACUAUGAACACCGUUACCAAGGCAAGAUGUUUGAUGAGGAGAACAUCCUGGGGGAGCUGAGCGAGCCUCUCAAAGAGGUACGUACCUGGGCUGCACCCAUCUUUGGAGAGGGAGAGGGAGGGGUAGUCAAGGUUGGGGAACAGGGAUCUGGAAAAGGGGAUCCACACAUCUUCACUGGAAAACGGCACCCAUAUAAGCUAAGGGGGGAAAGUCUUAAUUGAACAAACUCAUGUUGUUGUAUGUGCCUCAGUCUCUGACAGUGGGACGCAGGUCUAAACCACUGAGCCUCUUGGGCUUGCCGAUCAGAAGGUCAGCGGUUCGAAUCCCUGUGACAAGGUGAGCUCCCGUUGCUCUGUCCCAGCUCUUGCCAACCCAGCAGUUCGAAAGCACACCAGUGCAAGUAGAUAAAUAGGUACCGCUCCGGCGGGAAGGUAAGCUGCGUUUCCGUGCGUUCUGGUUUCCAUCACGGUGUCCUGUUGCGCCAGAAGUGGUUUAGUCAGGCUGGCUAUAUGACCCGGAAAGCUGUCUGUGGACAAACGCCGGCUCCCUUGGCCUGAAAGUGAGAUGAGUGCCGCAACCCCGUAGUCGCCUUUGACGGGACUUAACCGAUCCAGGGGUCUUUUACCUUUAGGUAAAGGUAAAGGGACCCCUGACCGUUAGGUCCAGUUGCAGACGACUCUGGGGUUGCGGCGCUCAUCUCGCUUUACUGGCCGAGGGAGCUGGCAUACAGCUUCUGGGUCAUGUGGCCAGCAUGACUAAGCCGCUUCUGGUGAACCAGAGCAGCGCACGGAAACGCCGUUUACCUUCCCGCCAAAGCGAUACCUAUUUAUCUACUUGCACUUUGAUGUGCUUUCGAACUGCUAGGUUGGCAGGAGCAGGGAGCUCACCCCAUCAUGGGGAUUUGAAUCGCCGACCUUCUGAUCUGCAAGCCCUAGGCUCAGUGGUUUAGACCACAGCGCCACCCGCGUCCAUUUACCUUUACCUUUUACCUAAUCUUUGACAAGUGAGAUACACAACACUUGCCUAGGGUUCUGUUUCUUUGGAAUAAAGUCAACAGAGACUGUGGGGUCUUUAGGAUAUUCCUUUUUUUCUACACAUAUAUAUAACCUGAGCAUAGGUUAGAUUGUGUGAGUGGGUUUUUGGAGCGCUGCUGGAAGUGGAAGGCAUAGAGACAUGUCUUGCACUGUGCUGGGCUUUGGGGGCACCCUGCCCCCCUGGAAACCCAGUGUGGAAGCAAGCUCAAUGAGAGCGUCAGUGCUGUGAGCCCCUCUUUUCACAUGCGCAGGUUUUCUUCCUCUCUGAUUUACGACCUGCCCUGCCGCCCCCUUUUAGGAAAUAAUCAAUUUCAACUGCCGCAACCUGGUGGCCAACAUGCCACUGUUUGCCAACGCUGACCCCAACUUCGUGACGGCCAUGUUGACCAAGCUGCGCUUCGAGGUCUUCCAGCCGGGAGACUUCAUCAUCCGGGAAGGCACCGUGGGCAAAAAGAUGUUCUUCAUCCAACACGGCGUGGUCAGCAUCCUGACUCGAGGCUCCAAAGAGAUGAAGCUCUCAGAUGGUUCCUACUUUGGGGGUAUGUUUUAGAGAGGAGGGGUGUUUUUUUUGGGGGGGGGGAGGAAUCAGCAAGCUCCAAAACAUGGCUCUGUGUUUUUCAAAUAUAUGUACACUUUCAAAAUUCAAGCUUAAAGAUGGCUGGCAAACUGGGGUUGCUGAAUUGUGAAGGCAAUAACCAGCAUUCCCGCAAUAUAUGAUGUUCAAGGUGCGAGCGCCAAUAAUUUUGCAGCCCAACCAAGAACACCCACACCGUUUUAAUCCAAUUUGCUCCUAUUUCCUUCCAUUCUUGGCAGCUGCUGUGUGGCAAAUUUGAUGUUCUUGCUGUUGAUAGGUUCUGCGUCCUCUAUCAUCCAGCUAAUCAGGGAUCACGUAGCCAGCAUAAUGACAUCACGGCACCAAAUAACCAAUCAGGUUUGGCUAGGUGAGAACAUCACCAAACCAAAUCAGAGAGAGGUAAAUGCUUUCUGACCUUGCUCUGAAUGGUUAGGACUCUCUUUUUUUGGUCCCGUUUUGCAACCUACCUGAAUUAGUGCCGAAAGGGAAAUAGGGAAAAAGUUUGGGUGAGCAGGUUGGCUUGAAAGGGGUCAGGUCCCCCUCCUCCAAAAAAAACCCCACACACAUGCUAUUUAUGUCAGCUCCAGUAACUUCUUUUUGUAGAGGAGUAUGAAACAGUUCGGGCCUAAGAUAGAUGCACAAGGUCUCCACCCCAAACUGCCUCUCCCAGAGUUAUCCUGGAGGAAAUCCUUGCUCACCGUAGGUGAUCAAGCAACAGGGUGCAAACCGCUCCUGGCAAACACCUGAAACUGUUCCUGAUCCCCAUCCCCUCGAUUGGUCCCUGCAGAGAUCUGCCUCCUGACCCGUGGCCGGCGUACGGCCAGCGUGCGUGCCGACACCUACUGCCGCCUCUACUCGCUCUCGGUGGACAACUUCAAUGAAGUCUUGGAGGAAUAUCCCAUGAUGCGCCGGGCCUUUGAAACCGUCGCCAUGGACCGACUGGACCGCAUAGGUGAGACGUGUGGCUGGAGGCUAUUGGUCACUUGAACCAAUGCACUGGCUAGGACAGGGGUGGGGCCUCAAUCCCUUCUGGGCAGCCUUCUGGAGGACACAUGCCGGUGGAGGCUGGGACCAGGGGGCAGAAGCAGGCAGAGUGAUGGAAGUAAAUUCUGCCGUUUGUACAGUAGGUUGGUUUCUACAGACACUCACAAAAUGCCUCCAGACCAGCAAGAGACAUGACCAGAGCUCACAGGCACAUCCCAAUCAGGGAAAAACACUCACAGAGGGUGUGGAGCCGGGCUGGUGCUGGGGGGUGGCCUGGGAAGAAUCUCUAGGGAGCCCUAGAGACCAGCAUUCAGCCUGAGGUUCUCCACUUCUGGCCUUGGGGUGGGAGGACUCUGAGGGGAAGUCAGAGGCACUGAUUCUGAAGCAAAAAACAAGCCCCCUGCUUAUCUCUCCCUUUUUCUGCUCCCCCCCCUCUUUCACACACACACACACACACAAAUACACAUUCCCUCUUCAUACCCUCCAACACCUCAAAGGAAAAAAAUGGGAUGGCACCUUCCCAUUUUUAUUCAUGAAAGCACGGCAGCCAUUUGGGGCACUGUGAUUUUGAACAAUUUUGUGCCACAAUUUCGCCCCCUGAUAAAAGCACUUUUUUCAGGCACAGUGCAAGAUCGCAGCCCCCCCAAAGUUUUCGGGGGGGAAAUCACAGCCCGAAAUCGUACAAGAGAUCACAGUGUCCCAAAGGGGUGCCAUGCUCUCACAAGAAAAAAACAGAUGUCCCAGUUUUUUCCCGGGAGAGUUGAAGGAUAUGCCUCUUUCUGCCACACCUCUCAAUUCCUCUCUUUUUGCCAUCUCCUUCUCUCUCUCUGCUGCUCGCUUCGCUCUCACUCUCUUUUCACCCCUUCUCUCUUACUCUCUGGGUUGCAGUUACAGGUAGGUAGCCGUGUUGGUCUGCCGUAGUUGAGACAAAAUAAAAAAUUCCUUCCAGUAGCACCUUAGAGACCAACUAAGUUUGUUAUACCCUCUCUGGGUUGCUAUCCAGCUGAGCCCAACUCUGAACAGACCCAUCAAAACUAAUGAACCUAACUUUGGUCCACUAAUGGGCCUACUGCAAACAAGAGGCAGCCUUCGAUUUCUGCCAUCCUCUCCUCCCCUCAUCCCUCUGCCCUUUGCCCACCAGCACGGAGUUCACCCCAAGGUAGCUUGACCAAGCCUCUGGCACUGUGGAAAGCGGCUGUGUUUGCUUAAGGCCCAGCGUGGAAGCUCUUCCACUGCUGUGCGUGGACAUGAUGAUGAUGAUGAUGAUAAAUAAUGCCCUUUGCUCAUCCUCCGGUGUCUCUCCAGGUAAGAAGAACUCCAUCCUGUUGCGCAAGCGUGCCGAGCACAGCUCCAGUUCCGUCAACCAAGAGAUCAUCCAGCAGAUCGUCAAGCACGACCAGGACAUGGCGCACAACAUCCAAGAGCUUCAGCCGGUGGUGGCCGGGCGCGAGCUGAGCGGCAAAGCUGUGAUCUGGGAGCCCCUGGUGCACGCUCCGCUGCAGACCGCCGCCGCCACCACAAACGUCGCCAUUGCCUUGACGCACCAGCAGAGCCUCGCGGCUCACAUCUUCCUGCCCCCUUCUUCCGUCACCAGCCCUCUGUCCCCCGACGCCACCCUAUACCCUCGCCAGCCCCGGCGCUCCCAGCCCAGCUUGGGCAGCUCGCGCCCUUCCUCGGUCAGCUCUCCCGCUUCGGGGGCGCAGUCCCACUUACAGACGCCGGCGGUCGGGUCCCCGUCCUCCCCUAUGGUCCAGUGCCCGUCACCCUUGGAAAGCACCGGCCCCCGUGGCGUUCCUCUCGGACCCUCCAUCCCGCAGCCCAUACAGAAAGCGGAAGCUGCCCCAAGCCAGCCUCAGCUCUCCAAGUCCCGCGGCACCUCUGUCUCCACCUCGCUCCUGCAGCAGCCGGCGAGCAUCGCGGCCAUCCCGCCCGGACGGACUCUCCACUACAGCCUCUCGCGGGCCACCGGCUCCCACAUCUCCUUGUUUCUGCAGCCACAGCAGCUGGUCAAACACCGCAGCACACAGGGCCUCUCGGCGGGCCGCCUCACCCAGGAUGUUAGGCCGCUUUCGGCCUCCCAGCCUUCCUUGCCGAACCGGCUCACUCAGCCGGCGGACAUGGGCCCCCCUCAGCAAGCCCGGAAGUCGGCCGGGAACCUGACAUACCGGUCGUCUCCUUCGGUCCCCGGGCUUCUGGCCAAGCCGGCCCCCAGCGCUGCCAGGCGUCCUGUUUCGCCCCAGCAGGCCGCUUCGGAGUCCAGUCGGUCCGUGAGCGGGCCCAGCACCCCGCAGUCACCUGCCACCACGCCCCGCCACACAGCCGCCCCGUCCCGCAAAGGUUCUGUGGCGUUCAGCCCCGACGUGGACACUGGGAAAGCGAAGCUCACGUCCAAUAUGUGA